AUGGAGCUGGCUCCUGGAGACACAUUGCUGCCGACCAUAAGCGAUGAUGACUUGAUUAACAACUGUCCUCCUGUCGAAAUUCCUCCUGCCGAUGUUCCAUUCCAUCUUGCUGAUGACAAUGGUGCCCGCUUGGUCAUAUCUCAAGUUGUCUGUGAAAACUUUAAAUCAUACGGUGGUCGCCGUGUUCUUGGUCCUUUUCACAAAAAUUUCACGUGUAUAAUCGGCCCUAACGGCAGUGGCAAAAGCAAUGUUAUUGACGCCCUUCUCUUUGUUUUUGGUUUUCGUGCCUCAAAAGUGCGUUCAAAAAAGCUUAGCAGUCUUAUUCACAACAGUGAUGAGCUUCCAGACGUUGGCUUUUGCCACGUGGCCGUUCACUUUCGCCGAAUCGUGGAUACAGGAGGUGGAGCUAACGAUUAUGAGGUGGUUGCUGGGAGCGAGUUUGUUAUCUCUCGAAAAGCGUUUAAGGACAGCUCAAAUUCUUACUAUGUGAACGACUGCAAAGCGAGCUUCAAAGAGGUCACUAGCUUGCUUCGUCAACAUGGUAUUGACCUUGACCACAACCGGUUUCUUAUUCUUCAAGGAGAGGUUGAACAGAUAUCUCUUAUGAAGCCUAAAGCAGCUACCGAAUACGAAACCGGUUUUCUGGAGUACCUUGAGGAUAUCAUUGGCUCCAAUAGGUUCAAACGGCCUCUGGCAAUCUUAGCUGAUCGUAUUGAACGCUUGAAGGACAUUCGUCUUGAAAAGCUGGCUCGAGUUAAAGCGGUAGAAAAAGAAAGGAAUGAGCUGGAGACUGUCAAAGAAGAGGCGCUGACUUACCUGCGACUUCUAAACAAAAUCACACGCAUUAAAAAUGUUGUCUAUCAAAAGAACCGACUUCAGGAGCUGGCUAGCGAAUCCCGGUAUAAAAAACAGCUGGCCGAUGCUGAUGCAAAACUGGAGGAACAUUCCAGGCAAGUAAAAAGCUUGGUGGAGGAAUUGGGCCAAUUGAAGGCAAAGCGAGAUGCCGAAGAUAAGCGUGUUGCUACCUUACAAGAGCAACAUCGGGCCGCGAAGGCACGUUUCGCUGGCUACGAGGCCGAGGACAGCCAAAUCCGAGAUGAGCAUGCCCAUCUGAAGGCCCAGGGCAAGCGGACCGUCAAGGCAUUAGCUGCUGAGAAGAAGAAGUUGGAAGAAGUGCGGCGACUUCCGGUGGAAGCCGAGGACCGACGGAGUACUCUUAAGUCACAACUGGCAGAACUAGAAGCAAACAAAGCGAAACAAGAGGCCAUCUACCAGGAGACAAUGGAUAUCCUUGCAAAGGAAACUGCUCCCCUUCGUAAGAAGAUGGAAGCUGCAGAGGAGGCCCUGGCGCCAGUCCAGAAGGCAGCUGACGAAGCGGCCUCACAGCUGGCCAUUGCGCGGCAGGAACUCGAACUGGCCAUGUCGGCUGUGAAGCGGGAGCAGGAGCGUGCUAAUGACGCUCGUGAUGGCGCCCGAUCCGCUCAAGAUCGAUUGGCCGAACGGGAGCGUGAGUUGGCUGACUCGUUGAAGCUCACCUCUCCGCACCAAGUCCAGGAGCUCCAGAAGGCUGAGACCGAGCUCACCAAGGCAAAGACAGAAGAAAAGACACUGAUAGAUCAGGUCAAUCAGCUUCGCUCCUCACUGACCGAGGCCAAAUCCUCAUUCCAGGCCGACAGCACCCGCAAUCGUGUUUUGUCUGCUCUCACAACUGCAAUGCAGGCUGGUAAGCUUAAGGGCAUCCUCGGUCGCUUGGGAGACUUGGGAGUGAUUCCACAGAAAUACGACAUCGCCAUUUCCACAUCCUGUGGGGCUCUCGAUCACAUUGUUGUCGAGACGAUGGAGUUUGCUCAGCGGGCCGUUGAGUAUUUAAAACAGAACAAUCUCGGACAGGCCUCUUUCAUUGGUCUGGACAAAAUGCAGCGCUGGGCUAGCGAAGCGACCAGGCGCUUUGUCGGUCCCGUACCCACGGCCCAGCGCCUAUUUGAUUUGGUUGACACCUCGUCAAAUCCUCAAGUGAGGCCCUGCUUCUACUUUGCUCUUCGGAACACCCUUGUUGCCGACAAUCUCGACAUCGCAGUCGACUGGGCCUUCAAACACGAACAGCGCCACAGGGUUGUCACCCUUCAAGGUCAACUGAUUGAGGCCUCGGGGGCUAUGUCAGGUGGCGGCGGUAAUCGUUCGAUUUCGGGUCGCAUGACCACCGACGCGCAGAGGGCCCGUCGGAGGAGCUCAACCGGGCUUUUCACCGAGGCCUCCAUCGCCGAAAAGGAAAAAGAGUUGACGACGUGUGAAACUAAACUCGCCGCCACCAAGCAGCGUCGGGAACGGCUGGAGGAUGCUGUCACGCAACUGUCACAGUGCAUGCAAGAGGCACAACGAAAAGUGACCAAAUGUCAGAAUGAGAUCGCUCGCCUUCGCGAGGAGGCGGCCGUUUUGACACGCGAGGCCGACCAGGCGGAGAAACGCGCCGCCAGUGCCGGUCCCACGGCGAAGGAGCGCCAAAAAAUGGAGUCCGCUGUGGCCAACCUCGAGAAGCUGCAUGCAGCCAAGGCUGAGAAGGCGGACGCCUUGAGGGCGCGAGUGGAAGAAGUCAAGGCCUCGCUUGUUGGUGCCGGCUCUGCUCGACUUGCCGCUGUUCGUUCGCGUGUUGGUCUCGUCGAAAAAAAGAUAAAGGAGACCAAUGACCAAUUCACCAAGCUGGAAGUCGACAUCAAGUCGGCGCAGCGCAACGAGGCCAAGUGCGAGGCGAAAGUCAAAUCCUACGAGGAUGAAGUGGAGCGACUGAAGGAGAGGUUGGUCACCAUCGAGGCGCGGAUGCUGGAGAUUGAAAAGACUGCAAAGACCUGUAUGGACGAAUUUCAGGAUCUACAAAAAUCCAUUCAUGAAUUGAACCAGAACUUAGCCAAGGUGAAUUGUGAAAUCGAGCAAGCAGAGAGCAACCUAGCCGCGAAGAGAAAAGACGAGGGCAUCGCCCAGCGCCAAGCGGAGGAACUUCGUGGGCAGGUCAAAGAAGCAGCUAGCCGCGCGCGCACCUGGCAAAUGAAACUCCGCUCUCUCCGACUUCAUGUGAUCGAGGAGGACGAGGAAGAGGAGGCGGCUGGGAGCCAGGAGGCGGACAGCCAACGAGCUUCCGUGGAUUCAGAUUGCACGCGGCCUCAGUCGCCUGUGCCAGAGGACACUAAUGCUCCCUCCACAUCGAGAAGCCCCGAUUCCCUUGGGGACGCAAGCAAGCGCACGAAACUUCCCACUUUCACGGAAGAGCAGUUGGCUGAAAUGACAGUGAACGAGGCUGAGGUGCAGAAACUUGAAGAACAGACUAAUGCAAUGGCUCCUAACAUGGCAGCAAUCGAGCAGUAUCGCAAGAAGGUUGAUCUCUACCUCAAGCGGGUGGCCGAAUUAGACCAAGUGACGGAGCUGCGGGCUGAGCAGUUGCGACAAGAAGCCGAUGCAAAAGCAAAGCGUCUGAGUGAAUUCAUGGCUGGUUUCAACGUUAUCACUACGCGCCUAAAGGAGAUGUACCAAAUGCUUACUCAAGGCGGUGAUGCCGAAUUGGAAUUGAUAGAUUCUCUGGACCCCUUCUCUGAGGGCAUCGUAUUCAGCGUCCGCCCACCCAAAAAGACCUGGAAGAGCAUCGCCAAUCUUUCGGGCGGCGAGAAGACGCUAUCAUCACUGGCCCUAGUUUUUGCCCUCCACCACUACAAACCGACUCCGCUCUACGUAAUGGAUGAAAUCGACGCGGCGCUUGAUUUCAAGAAUGUGUCAAUUGUCGGCAAUUAUGUUGUGGAGAGGACGAAAAAUGCCCAAUUUGUCAUCAUAUCAUUGAGGAAUAACAUGUUUGAUUUGGCUGAUCGUCUGGUUGGCAUCUACAAAACCCACAAUAUUACCAAAUCUGUGGCUAUUGAUUGCGCUUACUUGUCUCGACGUCUGGAAUCUGCUAUUUCCAAGAGACUGGGCGUCGCCGUUGGAAACACAAACCAAGUUCCGUCAAAUCAACAGGCACUUCACAUCCAAGUCGGUGCUGUUCUUCCUGGUGACGCACAGCCAACGUCUUUGCCAGUUGCCGGCGUUCCCGAUCAGGACCAACCGCGAAGCACCUGCAGCACCGAAUCCGCUCAGACGUUUGUCCCCCAGUCGGCGAGCUAA